UUUGCUUAUUUUAGGAGAGCAGCGUACAGCUACAAGUCGGGUAGAGGACGAGCCAAUCAAUCUGGCCAAACUAAUCAAUACAUUGAUACCUGCAAUGAUUGCAGGAGACUGGUAUUACUUUUGAUUUGCUACUUUCCAUCGUUAAAAAGUAAAACUAAAAAUAUAAUGAUGCCUUCUGGUGGUCCUACUGAGGUUCUGCGGUUCCAACUUCCUGGUCAUGGAGCUGCCACACUAAGGAACAUGAACCAGCUACGUUCUGAUCAGCGCUUCUGUGAUAUCACAAUUGUUGCCAAUGACAACCUUAAAUUCCGGGGCCACAGAGUCAUUUUUGCUGCCUGUUCACCUUUUUUGCGUGACCAGUUUCUUCUCAAUCCUUCCUCAGAGCUGCAGGUAUCUCUUCUGCACAGUUCUAAGAUUGUGGCAGAUUUACUGUUGUCUUGCUACACUGGAUUCUUGGAAUUUGCAGUGCGAGACAUUGUCAACUACCUCACAGCAGCCAGCUACCUGCAGAUGGAACAUGUGGUGGAGAAGUGUCGCAAUGCUUUAACACAGUUCAUUGAACCAAAAAUUGGAAUAAAAGAAGAGGGAAGUGGAGCCUCCUGUUCUAUAGGAAUUGCAGCUUCAUGUUCCAGGGCCAAGGGUAAUGCUGCAGGUACAAGUAGUCAUCGUAGCAGAAAGGGAGUGGGACUAUGCAAGCCCCUGAUGCACUCGGGAAAACCUUCAAGCCAAAUGCCAACACAGCCAAAUCUGCAGCUGCCUCAUCUGCACCAUGCCCACCAGCAGUCGCGAUUUCAACAGACAGCGGUGGCCACAGAGGAUGAUGAAGAUAUUAAGGUAAAGAUUAAAGAAUUUGCUGAAGAGUGUGGAGAAGAUUAUGAUGAAGACUAUGAAGACCUAUCAGACAUUUGCAUUGUGGAAGAUGAUGGCGGAAGUGUAGCAGGAGGUCCAGAGGCAGAUGGUGAACAGGAAGGGGAGGGGGACAGGGAAGAAGGAGAUGGAGAUGGAGAAGUUGAAAUGGAGGGAGGCAUUCUAGAAGAUGAUGCAGGAUCGACAACUACUGAAGCACAAACUACAAGUACUAAAGCCAAAACCAAGAUUCACAACCAGAAAGCUUCUCCGUGGCAAUACAGGCGUCCAUACAGUCUUCAGCAAUCCAUUCUGGGGAGUAGAGAGGAGAAAUCUAAUCAAGAGGGUGAUAAUGUUCACUCAACUGGUGAGGGUUUGGGUGGUGAAGAGCUGGAAGCUAGUAAUGAUCAUUUAAAUGUGCUAAGUCACCUUCCAGAUGAAGGUUUAGAUGAAUGUGGAGACCAAAAAGACCGUCCUCAACACCAGCAGGGGUACAUUAGUAAAGGAGUAUACCACCAGCAGGGAGUGGUGAAAGCUCACUACAGUCUGUCUGAAGACUCUGAGGGCUUGCUUGUUAUACCACGUCAGUUCUCUAGGGAUGAUGAGGAUGACUUUGAUGAAAAUACCUGUAGCAACCUUGGUUUAGAUAGGGGUUCAACUGACACGGUACAGGUUGGUUCCACUUCUUCUUAUGAAGAGAUAAGGCACAGCUUCAGUACCUCUAAGGAUUUGUUUUCAGCUGCCAGCUUGUCUAGAUUAACGUGCGGAUCUGGAAUGCAACUUGCUCUUGCUGCUAGCAGUCUAGGGCUUAAGACAAUCAAAUGCAAUAAGUGUGAAGAGUUCUUCCAGAGUGUUGAAAAGCUGGUCACCCAUAUGCGAUCAAUUCACUAUAUCUUUAUGUGCCCACGAUGUGGAAAACAAUUCAAUCAUAGUAGCAACCUUAACCGUCAUAUGAACGUGCACCGUGGAGUAAAAUCCCAUUCAUGCCACAUCUGUGGGAAGAGUUUCACACAGAAGUCCACACUCUAUGAUCAUAUGAACCUGCAUAGUGGUGAAAGGCCUUACCGUUGCUCAUACUGUGAUGUGCGGUUUGCUCAUAAACCAGCCAUUCGGCGUCAUCUCAAAGAACAACAUGGCAAGACCACAGCAGAAAACUGCAUGGAUGCAAACAAUGUGGCAGAGAUAAGUGUAGUUGUUCGUUGAAUUUAAAGUAUAGGAUGAAUAAGCCUCAAAACAACUGUACCUGGCUAUUCAUUAUACACUACAGUGGACUGACAGAGUAAUAAGAUGCUCUGGAAUAAGUCAGUUUAGUUAAAGCAAAACAGAAAAUGUAGCCUACAUCAGAAACCGAACCAUAAAACCCUGACUUCCAACCUAUAUAUAUAUAUAUUUGUGUGUGUGUGUUUCUGAUUUUAUUGGGUCAGGUAGGGUGGAGUGGGGAGAAAUAUUUUGAUAAGUAGUCAGUAUAAUUGGGGAACUUUGUUCACGGACACCAUCUUUGAGUGCUGAUUAUUUGCCUUCCAGGGAGACUAUUUGAAUGAAAGGCAUCACAACAUCCUACUAAUUCAUACAUAUUGUAAAUAAUACUUAACAAAUACAUAUAGUACAAAAAAGAGAGGAGAAGUAGCCUUCAUACUCGAGUAUGAAAGUAUUUUUUAUGGGCAGCUGGGAACCUAUUAUUUAUUUGCCACAUGCCAUUAGGAUGUCUGAUGUGCUUGAAAAGCAAAUUCAGCAUAUGAUAUCGAGAACCCUACACAUUUUACAACAAAUGGAUAACAAGGAACUGUUUUAAGUAACAAGUAAAACGUUAAUUCAUUCAGCAGCCCUCCAGUAUUGACCUGGAUAUUACUGUCAGAUACUGUUCAGUAGUGGGCUAUAGGCUUGCAUGUGAGAGCUCUGUUCUCAAACGUAUCUUACUGAUCUAAAAGUAUCCAGCAGAUUCGCAGAAAUCCAGGAGUAGUUGCACACUUGUUUUUUUAAGACAGCUAUCAAAACAAUACAACAGAUAGAACAAUGGAGGCAAACAGAGCCAGAUGCAUGCUCUGGUGGUGGCGGUGAUUUGCGGGAGGAGCCGCACAUGUCCACAAUCACUACAGUUUAUCCAGUGAACACUCCUCCCAGGUUUGGUUUGGCAAUUAAAAACAACUUAUUGCUUGAAAUUUAAUCUUGUGGUGAUUCUAGGGCAGAACUUCAAGGAAUCUGAAAAAAACAUCUGAAGAUGUUUUUACGUAUUUCUGUUUUUGGUACACCCUCUUCCCACCACCAUCCCUGAACCCAGUCAUCUCUAGAUGUCUACAAUAUGUCAGUUGUUUGUUGAUUUUCUUCAGGGCCAAGCAGGGCAUGGAAUCAUGAUCUGGCAGUGGUCUCCUUGUUUGAUCACUUUCUUCUUAUCAUUAAUCAAGGCUGGCUCGUUAGAGAUCAUGAAUUUUCAUCAUUAUAAAAUAAACUUAAUCAAAACAGAAUUAAAACGAUAGAUAACAUGACACUACAGUAAGACGAUUUUUAACAUUUAAAACAUUUUUCAGCCAUAAGAAACUUUUGAAACAACUUCUGUUUUAGUACUUGAUACCUAAGCUACAAAAGUACAAAACAGUUGCAGUAUUUAACUUUUCACUGGAUUGGCUGUUCAUUUUAUCGAAGUACUUUGCUUUUUGUAGCCUUGAUGGCCAUUGUAAUACUAACCCUUUCUUCAACAGAAAUUGUGAAGUAACUGAAGAUACCUUUUUAUAUUGUUCAGCCAACAUUCUAUUGUGCUAUGUCAGUUUUGGGGUACCAUCUAUUGUUUGAUCGGUUUGGAGUUGAAGAGACACAGCUCCCCUUAAUUGUCAACAAUAGGACGGAAUUGAGGAGUAAAGCCUGAAGGGAAGAGAUAUAAAGAUUUUGUAGAACGCAUGUCAUAGAGUAGGCUCUUCAAUGCCAAACCCUGUUGAUGCAGUGCAUAAUACUGUGUGUUUUAUAGCUUUAACCAUUGAAUCUCAAAUGCAAAAUGUAAAUACAUAGUCACUGAAAUGACUUCUGAAAAUGUAAAGGAUCUUUAUAUGCAGAACAAAACCUACAGAUCAGUUACCAGUCAGAAAAUCUGGUUGCCAUAACACUACUAAUCAUGUUAAUCAACAUUCACUAAAACACUAGCCUUGCUUAAGAUAUGUAAAUUAAAAAAAAGUAAGUUUUUAUGUAUUCUCACGAAAAUUAUUGUUGCAUGUCUCACAUUUACUAAUAUAUUAAGUGAUGAAAUCCCAGUACUAUGACAUGGAGAUUGCUGUAUCAACCUAUUUUGUAUAUUUAAGAAACGUACAAAUUUUGUUUAGGCAACAAUUGAUCAACCAUGAAGCUGGUUAACCAAAACCUUUCUCCUUUACAAAAUGAAAUGAAGUCACGUUUAAGAGAACACACAGGAGGUUUGGAAACGGUAAAAUGCAACAGUUGACAACGAUCUUGCAGCUAAUAUUGUAAACGUAACAUUUAUAAACCGCUUAUCAGUCUGUAGUGAAUUUGUCUUCCAGUACAACCUGAUAAGGCUCAAAGUUGACCCAAAAACAGAACUGUGAAGCCCAUUUACCACUAGCUUGUAUGUGGAUGAGCCCAGGCAUAGUAUUUGUCAUGAUUUGUUAUUUUUUUUUUUCUGUUAAAAUGCAAAUAUAGUGGUUUCGAAAUCUCAGUACAGCAUGGCUCACUACUUCUAACAUCCAAAAGCAGGUACCUGUGUUUGGCAAGAACAUUAUGUAUGAAAUUCAGACCACAUGUCAAGUUACCGGGCCUUUAAAAACACGUUUGUUUGUAAACUAUUGAAGUGGUGUAAUCUGUCUAACUGAUCAAUGGCAUAACUUGGAAAAUGUGGAUGAGCCAUUUCUAAAUUAAAGUGUGUAGCCACUAGUACGUACACAUCCACAUGAAUCAUUUUUGAAAUGACGUUUUGUUUGUGUAAUUUUAAUGUUAUUUGUAUUAUCUUUAUAGUGUUGUUUGGACGGACUGGCAAAUUUGAACAUAUCCUGAAUUUUUACAUUUUCAUGAUUACUUGCCUUUGAGACUUCUUUAAAAGAAUCAGUCUGAUCCCUUGUGCUGGGGAUGCCUUUUCUUUUGAACUCCCUGAAAAAUAGCUGUUCUCAUGGUUUUUUUUGUUUUGUUUUGUUUUGUUUUAUGUAUUAAAACUUACAGUAUU